AUGUAUUCAUUAAAUAAAGAAACGAAUUUAAAAUGCGCAUUCUGUUCCGAUCCACAUUAUGAUAAUCAGUGUAAAAAAUAUAAUAAUAUUGAAAAACGUGUUGAAAGAGCACGCGAGCUAAAACUUUGUUUAAAAUGUCUAAAAUUAGGACAUGGGGCAAACAAUUGUAAAAAUAAAAUCGAGUGUUUUCAUUGUAAAGAUAAACGUCACUGUUCCGCUCUCUGUAGAAGAAAAGAAAAAAUCGGGGAAAAUAAAAAUUUUCAAUAUAUGUUGUGGAUUGUACCAAAAAUAAUUUAAUUAAGGUUCUGCCCGUCAAGGAAAUAC